AUGCGCAGGGCCCCCGCGGUGUUCUCAUUAGCGUCCACUCUGCUUAAUGGCUUCCUGUGGCUGCUUGUUUACUUCUCCUGGGCCCGCGGCUUUGUUCUGGACACUGCUCGCCCUGCUCACUACUGUUCUUUCUUUGCUUGUUUGCAGCCACAGCCGGAAGCCCCGCCAGCAUUCGCUCCCAAGGCCUCAACCCGGUUCCCUCCAAGGUCCAACACCUACCUGAUCAUAGGGUUGCAAAAUGAGCUGGCCAGGUGUGGAGUUCUGAAGAACAUGACUGACUAUGAGGAUUUCUGGAAGCUGGCUCAGGAGGAAGCUCCAGUAGAAAUGAAAGAAAAGCUCCAGAAGAUAAGAUUGAAAUUGAUGAAUCCCAGGCCAUGGCCACCAGCUGCUUCUAGGAGAAAAGAAACCAGGAUGUUGGUCAGUGCUGAUCAGGACAGUGGGGCGUGCCCGGGGACACAGAGCCUUCUCUCUCGACUUACAGAAUGGAGAAAAAGGUGUCAACAGCAUAAAGCAGCCUGGAGACUGCCCGGAGGGCAGGGGGAGAGCAAGAUUACGUGUAAGACAAAGACGGAUUCCCGGAGCAAGAUCUACCUUAGUCGUUUGUAUCAGAUGUGUUCCACCUCCCUUGCUAACAUGGAAUUCUCCAGAAGACUGCUGGAGAGAGAUGGCCACUUUGCAGACGUGCACUCUGAGCACAGGGCUCGAGGCCUGAUGGAUUACAUGGUCCCAAGCAGGUACCAGCAAGUGGAUGCUCCACCCAGAGAAACGGAGGCAGGGGACCCUCUGGUCCCUGGCCAGCAGCUUCAAGUGUCACCUGCCCUUCGGUUUCUCAAGUACCAGAGCCCAGAAACUCCACAGAGAAGUUCCCAGUUGAGGACAGGAAGACGCCAAGUGACCCUGUGUGGCACAAAGGAAGCCUGUACUGGCGUUAGCACCCUAGGAGUCCAUGCACAGAGACGGUCUGAAUGCCCUCAGCAAGAGAUUAGGAGCAAGCUUGCCCAGGUGGGCAUGACCACAGACCCCAGGCCUAUAGCACCCCUGACCCUGGAACACGUGGUCCAGACCCAUCCUGUGGUGGAGGCUAAGACAGCACGCAGAUACUGGGUGAACUAUGUGGAUGAAGGAUAAGAUUUUAUACGGCUACUAGGUGACAAAAAAUCCAAACAGGAAGUUCCAGCCUGUGUUCUUACCCUCCGAGCCAUCUCUCCAGCCCCACCAUAUACGGUUUAAAUGCUACACGGAGAACUAAGUUCUGCUUUGGUGUGGUUUGGGUUUUUUGGGAUCUGCCUGCCUCUGCCUCCCAACUGUACCUGCCACACCAAGCUAGUUUAGGUGUGUUUAAUUAUUGCAAACAUUUC